CCCGCUGCUCUACGAGCGAAUACCAAGAUAUCAAAUUACUUUUCCAAAAAAUUGUUCAUGUUCCCUGCUCCUUUGUAGAGUGAAACAUUUUUCUUAACACCAAAGAACCACCUCCGUGAAUGGAUUUAAAAAUCUAUAAUGAUGUUCCGAGUGAAACGCCAGGGUCGUACUGUCGGUUUUGCUUCCGUGACACCAGCUUGGUUCCCAUUUUUCAUCCUACAACUUGUGAACCGCUGAACCUGGAGCUGAUAACGAUCAUUUUGGAUUGCAUUGGCGUUCUGUUGAAGCCGGAGGUGGAUUUUCCCUCGGCUGCAUGCCAAAACUGUUUGCAGCUUAUGCAGGAGUACCAUCACUUCCGGAGGCGCGCCCGAGAGUACGACAAGAUAAUCCGCUCGAAGAUGUUGCCACGGAUCGAGCCAGAAGUAAUUAUAGUGAAGCAGGAGAACGUCGAAAUGAGCGACAUUUUUGGACGAGAUGGUGCCGAUGGAGAAAGUAGUAGUAGCAGUACGCUGACGGCGGAUGAAAUCCGAGAUCCGGUCGAUGUUCUCGGGCAGCUGCAGCAGUUACAUCAACAGCACCAGUUGCUUCAACAGCAGCAGCAACAACAACAGCAAGCCGAUCAGAAACAAGCUUUCCACGAACAACAAGACGAGCUAGAACCAAAGUUUAGUAUGAGUGCCAUUUUUAAUGCCCAGGCAGCCGUAGCGGCUGUUACGGCAGCUGCCGCAGUUGUAUCGUCACACACGCAGUCGAAAGUUCGCACGAGACGAUCGACGGCAACCACGACGGCUUCCGGUGCAUCGACGCAUGAGGAAAACCGUUGUAUGGUCUGCGGAGAAAAAUUUCAAUCGCGCGAUAUAUGGAUAGCACACCUUACCAUUCACAAAGCCGAACGUCCCUUUCAGUGUCACAUCUGUUUGGCUCAAUUUAAAACCAAAUACGUACAACAGAACCACAUUCGGACGGUGCACGAAAAUGUCCGCAGCUACCGGUGUCUGAUCUGCACCGAGCCAAGUCGAAUGUUCAAGAGCAAACGCACACUUGAGGAUCACAUGCGCUACCACACGGGCGAGCGGCCGUUCGUGUGCUGCAUCUGUAAGAUAACCUUCUCCUCCGGCAGUGUGCACCGUAAUCACAUGUACCGGGUGCAUCGGGAGAUGCGCAAAAAGGACCGCCGGUGCAACCACUGCGGGAAGGUGUUCGAUCGCAUUCUCGACCUAAAGCGCCACCAGACGAGCUACUGCGAGAAGAUCAUCGGCCGGCAAAUGGCCGAUCGGUUAUAAGGAGGGUGUGUCCCCUGGAGGGUAGAGAGAAUAUAGCACAGAACAAAUGAGAGAGAGAUAUAACGAAAGGACAAAGAUAUAAAGCUAAUGCUUUGAGUUAGGGAGUAGGAGCAUAUCUGUGCUUGAAUUAUCCAGUAUAUUUUCGUUUGAGUGUAAAUGUAUUUAUUUUAAAUGUCGCUUUUUCGUUUUAUGAUUUCUAUCGGCGCGAUUCUGCGAACAAAACGCUAGCUGUUGUAAAUAGUCACCUACGUCAAACACUGUAAACCAUGGCCAACUAAAGUAUGUUGUCGAUGUAACCGGGAA